UCGAGUAGUGUUAUCGGAGCACAUCAUGGCGGAUCUUCCGAAGGAGCGGCUCGACGGUUCUCAUGCCUUUGAGAUCACAGGCGUCGAUUUUUUUUGCCCUUUUUUCUACAAGCCAGAGGCACGCAAGAAGGCUCCAAUCAAAUUCUACGUCUGCGUCUUCAUUUGCUUUGCGAUUAAGGCUGUUCAUUUGGAGCUGAUCAAGGAUUUGUCUACAGUCUCUUUUCUGCACGGCCUAAAGCGGUUCACGUGCACCAGGCGAAGGCCGCAACAAAUUUGCGACGACCAUCAGAAGGCGGUCUUGGAGAUUUGUUUGGUUGAGGCUAUUGACUGGCACUUCAUAAGUACGCUCCCCGUACUUUGGAGGCCUGUAGGAAGCUGCAGUGAAGACGGCCAAGGAUCACUUCUAUCGUCCUAUAGGCACCUCUGUGCUUGGAUUUGAGGAACUUCGUACGCUGCUAUGCCACAUCACGGCAGUUAUUAAUUCAAAACCCUUAGUAUCCAUUUCAGAGAAUCCUGCCGAUCUAGAAGUUUUAACUCCAGAU